AGUCAAGUCCUUCAACUUUUACUUAUUUCCCGUAACAGUUUCCGUUUCACUCUUUCCCACGUAACGAUUUCAGUAGCCAUCUCCCUUUUCUCUGCAUUUUUUUCGAAGUCCUAUUAAGAGACAAACUAAAAAAUUGUACAUUUUUCUUUACCUUAAUCUCUAAGUUUUUGUUUCCUUCUUGCUUGAGAUCGAACCCAUUUCAAGAAUGCUGGUGAAAUGUUGAGGAGCUUCGGUUCUACGUUGUUAAAAGGAUCAAAUCUUGGUUCCCAAAUGUUGUUUAAUUGCGAUAUUGGCUGAUUUGGAGGAAGGAUGUUUGAGUUUUCUUUUUUUUUUUUUGGUUUUUUGUUUGGAAAAAGAUUAGGGCUUUAUUGAUCUGGGUUGAUAGGGUGAUAAAGGUGUGAAUUUUGAAGGUCUGGAUGAAUCUAGAUUUUGCUUGUUUUGAUGGUUUCAUGCCUGAUUAAAGAAAUGGGUUUUAGUUAUUUUUGAGUUUUAUGAAGUUUAUUGUGUGCUUUUGUUUGUUGGUAUUGUAAGAUGAAGAGGGUAAAAAGUGAACUUUCCACUGGGAGGAGGUUCAAGUUGUCUAAUUUCUUGUUGGGUAUAGGAGGGUUAUACUUAAUCUUCAUAGCUUUUAAGUUUCCACAUUUUUUGGAGAUAGCAGCAAUUUUGAGUGGAGAUGAUAGCUAUGGUGGAUUGGGUGGGAAAGUGGGUGGGGAUGUUAAUGAUGCGGAUUUGAGUAAACCAUUGGUUAAUUCUGUUUACAAAGAUGCGUUUCACCGGAAAUUAGAGGAUAAUCUAAACCAGGAUGUGCCUUUGAGGCCUAGUAAGGAACCUUUGGAGGAAGAGAAAGGUGUAGUACAGCCUAUAAAGCCACUUCAGCAUCCAUAUGGUCGAAUAACCGGUGAGAUUAUGCGGCGAAUGAAUAAAACUAGUGAAUUGUCAGUGCUUGAGAGAAUGGCGGAUGAGGCUUGGACAUUGGGAUUAAAGGCAUGGGAAGAAGUGGAUAAGUUUGAUGGAAAGGAUAUCGAACAGAGUUCUUUGUUUGAAGGGAAGCCUGAGUCCUGUCCUUCAUGGUUGUCUGUAAGUGGAGAAGAUUUGGCAAGACGAGACAGGCUGAUGUUCCUUCCAUGUGGUCUUAAAGCGGGUUCUUCAAUUACUGUUGUUGGAACACCUCGAUAUGCCCAUCAGGAGUUUGUACCCCAGCUUGCCAAAUUGAGGUUUGGAGAUGGCCUAGUGAUGGUUUCACAGUUUAUGGUUGAAUUGCAAGGGUUGAAAUCUGUGGAUGGGGAGGAUCCGCCAAAAAUUUUACAUUUAAAUCCUCGAUUGAAAGGAGAUUGGAGCCAUGGGCCAGUCAUUGAGCACAACACAUGCUAUAGAAUGCAAUGGGGUACGGCUCAAAGAUGUGAUGGUUUACCAUCCAAGGAUGAUGAAGACAUGCUCGUUGAUGGACAUCGAAGAUGUGAAAAAUGGAUCCGGAACGAUGUUGUAAACUCCAAAGAGUCCAAGACAACAUCUUGGUUCAAACGGUUCAUCGGACGGGAACAGAAACCAGAAGUUACGUGGCCAUUUCCAUUUGCAGAGGGCAGACUGUUUAUCCUGACUCUGCGUGCUGGUGUUGAUGGAUAUCAUAUCAAUGUUGGGGGUCGACAUGUGACUUCAUUUGCAUAUCGUACAGGUUUUUCACUUGAAGAUGCAACAGGAUUGGCCAUAAAAGGAGACGUGGAUGUUCAUUCAGUUUAUGCAACCUCUCUUCCCACCUCUCAUCCAAGUUUCUCUCCUCAACGAGUAUUGGAAAUGUCACCAAAUUGGAAAGCUUAUCCUUUGCCUAGGAUAUCUAUUCAACUUUUUAUUGGGGUUCUCUCUGCUACCAAUCACUUUGCAGAACGCAUGGCAGUUAGAAAAACUUGGAUGCAAUCUUCGGCCAUCAAGUCUUCAAAUGUAGUGGUCAGGUUCUUUGUUGCACUGAAUCCGAGGAAGGAGGUGAACGCAGAGCUGAAGAAAGAGGCAGCUUAUUUUGGUGAUAUUGUGAUUUUGCCAUUUAUGGACCGCUAUGAGCUUGUCGUUCUUAAAACUAUUGCAAUUUGUGAAUUUGGGGUGCAAAAUGUGUCAGCUGCUUACAUCAUGAAAUGUGAUGAUGACACAUUUGUCAGAGUUGAUACUGUCUUGAAAGAAAUUGAUGGCAUCUCGCCCAAAAGGUCACUUUAUAUGGGCAAUCUCAACCUCCUGCAUCGUCCUUUGAGAAAUGGAAAAUGGGCUGUCACUUUUGAGGAGUGGCCAGAAGAAGUUUAUCCUCCCUAUGCCAAUGGACCUGGAUAUAUCAUUUCCAGUGAUGUUGCCCAAUUUAUUGUCACCCAACAUGGCAAUCGAAAAUUGAGGCUUUUCAAGAUGGAAGAUGUGAGUAUGGGAAUGUGGGUUGAACAAUUUAACAGGUCCACGACUGUCCAAUAUUCCCACAACUGGAAGUUCUGUCAAUAUGGAUGCAUCGUAGAUUAUUAUACUGCACAUUACCAAUCCCCAAGGCAGAUGAUUUGUCUUUGGGACAAGCUUUCGAGAGGUCAGGUACGUUGCUGUAACUUCAGAUGACAACAGGUAGCUCUUGCUUUCUUUAAAGUGAUUUUAUCCACGUCCAUCUUGCCUUCCUCAACUUUUCUCCCCCAUUUUUGUCCUAUGAAGUGAGCUCUAGAGGGUUUUAAGUGUUGAGUUACAGCUUUCUGUAACAAGAUACAGAUUAUUCCCCUUAAUCUGUCACAUCUGAUAAGUACGUCAUUGACUUGAAUUGGAAGAACAGGGCCAAUUGUAGAUUAUAUAUUCUUAUAUGCGUUAUGAUAUUCAAGUCGAUGGAGCACUUGGUAGCAAGCCUUCCAAGUUCGUAGUUUUGGUUUCUUUGACCUUUUUUUUUUUUAAUCCACUUUCAAUCUUCCUGUAAUCUGAAUAACAAUAUCUUUAACAGCCAGAUAAUUGAAAACGAAGUUAGCGUGUAGCUGCCAAUUAGCUUGGUAAGACGGCUUUUCUUCUUCUCUUCUUAUGUCCAAUUACCAACCAUUUGUUCCACUAAAGCCCAAGAAACGUGGGAUUUAGCUCAAUCAUGGUGAUUUUCACUGUUAAUACCCGUACCAGAUAAUAUUUUGGCU